ACUUGUGUCACAGGAUCUGGUAAGGUUGUUAGCAGGCGACUUCUGCUGCAGACAUUUAGACAUGUGCUUUGCUUAAAAUACCGAAAACGAGCGACCUAUGAAAAUAUCGUGAUGUGUUGAGAGCCACAGAGGUCGCACUUGGAAAUUUGCAAUGACCGUCAAGUGCAAAAUGGUGACUCCCUUCUCACCUAAACCUCACUUCACAUGACUAGGGUGUGAAUAUGGGCUUCCUAGUGCUGAUAGUAAGAAUCAUGGGAAGGAUCAGCACAUUCAGAUCCUAUCAGUUUGUACUUCUACUGGCUGCAACGCUUGCUGUAAUUGCUUUUUACUACUUUGGGUCUGAGAGGCACAGCUUCUCCAGCACCACAAAGAGGAUAAGACAGACCCAGGCCAACACCAACAGAAAUGAUGCUGACCUAACGGUGGACACCAGGAUUUCACACCUUCCUGCAUCAGAACAGCAAAGAUCGGAAGAGCUAGAUGUAGGAGAGGAAAGUGACAUUUUUAGGUCCAGAAAAGGGAGCUCUGAAACUGGCGGCCAGCUCUACCAUGCUCUCAUGAUGUUCACUAAGGUGGACAGGAGCAGAAGCCUGCAAGAUAAAUUCAGGGUGGCCAUGUUGUCCAUGGUGAAGCUUGCACAUUUCCUGGAAGGAGAAGUAUUGGUGCUUCAUUUUGUCAGUGAUCAGGCUAGCCAAGAGCUGGGCCAGAGGAUGCUGGAGGAGUUUCUGCAGGAUGCACCAUUUAAAUAUGAGAUCAUCUUCCAUGAUGUGGUGGAACUCACACAGAAGCUCUUCCCCAUUGUGGAGGCCAUGCAGAAGCAUUUCAGUGCAGGAUCUGGAGCGUACUACAGCGAAUCCAUCUUCUUCCUGUCUGUAGCCAUGCAUCACAUCAUGCCUGAGAGUCUGACACGAAUAGUGCAAUUCGACCUCGACCUAAAAUACAAGACCAACAUCAGGGACCUUUUCCAGGAAUUUGACAAAUUUCCUCCAGGAGCAGUCAUAGGAAUCACCAGAGAGAUGCAGCCAGUCUACAGACACACCUUCUGGCUGUAUCGUAAGGAGAACCCCAAGACCCGGGUAGGAGAACCUCCUCCCGAGGGCCUUCCAGGCUUCAACAGCGGUGUGAUGCUGUUGGACCUGAGCGCCAUGAGGGCUUCGACUCUCUACAACCAGCUACUGAAACCCAGCAACGUGGCCAAAUUAGCAGAACAGUAUCGCUUCAAGGGCCACCUGGGGGACCAGGACUUCUUCACAAUGAUCGGCAUGGAGCAUCCUGAACUCUUUUAUUCUCUGGCCUGCGGCUGGAACCGACAGUUGUGCACCUGGUGGAGGGACCACGGCUACGGAGAUGUGUUCCAGUUAUAUUAUGGUUGUGAUGGGCCCGUUUACAUCUAUCAUGGGAACUGUAAUUCCCCUAUUCCAGAUGAUUGAACUGAAAAAGACAUUUAUUGCAUAGCAGAGGGAAAUAUUUUUCCUGCUAAUGUGGGAUGUAGGACUUGUUUUCCAGAGACAAUGGCUUUCCUUACCAGUCAUGGAGCCUGCCUCUCUGCUGGCCAAGAGGAUAUGAAAGGCUGCCAACCAAAUGACUGAUUUUUACUGCUUUAUUUUAUGUUCAGCCUAACGUCUAAAGCUUCUGUCUUUGACAACAGCAGUGCAGAGGAAGCAUGCUUUUGCAUUGAUGGGAUUGACUCAUGCAGCGCCUAAUGCUAUGAUAAUACAUUACAUUCCCAUUUCAGUGAAAUUAAACCUGGUGGUCAGUGGUGUUGGAGAGUACUGUGGAACCAUAUUUGCCAUUAUAAUCUCUAAAGUCCUGUUGGUUAUUGUAGCUUCUGUUGUUUUGGGUUUUUUUCCAUUAAAUGCUGCGAUAAAACAUUUAUAAUUUUUUCUUUUGGUCAAGAGCGUUUUUAAAGCACAAAAACAUUAUGGAUUUUACCCCAAAUGGCGACUGAGCAUGCAGGACAGCACUGAUGAAGCCAAAGCAUCAAAAUGUUACAACAAUUUGAAACAAAGCAAGCAUCAAUAAGCUGAUGUUCUUCAUGAACCUGUUUCUGUCUCCAUUCUCAAUGGCUGUAUUUAUUUCCACUGUGGCUUUGCAGAAAGAAGGUCGUCCAAAUUUCUGCCACAGUGCAAAAACACGCAUAUUAGGUUAAUUAGCCUUUAGCUUUAACAUUGUUCAUGUAUAGCUGUCUGUCCUCUGUUUCUCAUUAUUAUCCUCUGGUGGACACUGACCCUGAAGGCAGACACCAGUUCCCCCUGUGAUCCUGUGAGGAUAAAUAUAGCCUGAAAUAUAGAUGGAUGGAAAUUUUACAUGAAUUCAGCUGACUAGAUGAUAAAUUAAAACCCCCUAGCCUUCAUGAGGACACUGGUGUCUUCAAGGAAGUAUGGACUUACAUGUUUAAAUGUUUAAAGGCUUAAAAUUGUUCACUUUGUGUAUUUAAUCCAGGAUAUUUCAUCCCCAUAUUGACAAACCUAAGAUUUACCCAUUUAGUUUAGUUAUUUAUAUAUUUUUUUCAUUGUGUUUCACUAUUUGUUGGAACCUCCAGAAGUUAAGACCUGGCUUUGAUUUUAGCAGGUAUAGUGUUAAUAUUUUGUACUCAAAUGGCCAAAAUGUUAUAAAAACUGCAAUACCACAAAGUUAAGUCUGAAAAGAGUCACUUUGCAAAGAAAAAAGUGUUGGAAGAGUGAUCAAUGUGGAGCCAAACCAGAAGAAAGAAGAGCUUUCAGCAGAUACUGGGCUCUGGGCUGCUGGAGGACAACAAGUAGUCGAAAUGCUGUAGUGGUUAUGUUUUAUUUAACUAAUUUAAGAAAUAAAACCCAAAAACACAGAGCCUCAGUACUUAUUGAAAGGUCACGUUUAGAUUUGUUCUGAUUUUUUUGUUUUACAAUGUCACAGAUUAUAGGUGAGUCACUGUACUGCACGGAGCUGCUUACCGUAAUAUUUUCCCGAUUUAGUUUUUAAACACUGGUGAUCUUUAAAUGACAGCAAAUGUUUUGUCCUCAUUCAAAUGAACAGAUUCACGGCUGUAACCAUGAAUAUCGCCUGACAAAUGAUACAUUACCGAUCUGUCUUUUUACCAAUUGUGUAAUUUAAAUGAAUGUUGUGUUUAAAGCCAUAUGAAUUAUCAAUAACUUAACAUUUAUUGAUUUUGGAGCGUUUACAUUAAUAAAUAUACAUUUUCUAUUCAGAUUA